GAUAGCAGCCAGUCAGCCAUUUUGUUCUACAACAACGACGAAUUUCACAUACAACCUACCUAAACUCGGACAUUGGGUUAUAGUGAUUUGUGUUGAAACUAAAAGUGUCAAUAGUGUUCUAUAGAGCAAAGUUUUUGCUUUAGUGGAAAUGGCGUGGCGAGUCAUUUCCGUUUUGGUGCUUGGCUGUGUUUUUAUCGUAGUCAACUGCGAAAACGCUACAGAGGCUCCUAAAGUUGAUAACACAUGGAAGGAGACUGGAAUAUGCAGAAAAUGUAUUUGCAAAGAUGACAAAGUGAAUUGUCUAGAUCAAGGCAUUACAGAAUAUUUUAAAACGGAAGAAUGGGCCAAUUUAAAACCCAUGAAGCCAGUAACCAUAGACAUGAGUGAGAACUUGUUCACAAACGUCACAGUGAUGGCAGAGCUACCGGUGCAGGUCCUCAACCUCUCGCACUGCGCCAUAGAGUUCAUAGAGACCGCCAGCUUCAAGGGUCUGCAGCAGAUGAAACAGUUAGAUCUGAGCCACAACAAACUUACCACCGAAAGACUAAGCCCACACGCUUUUGAGGGUCGCUACUCCCCCGAGAAGUACGAGCCCCUGAACGCCAUGCGCGUGCUUAACCUGGCGCACAACCAGCUGCACUCCCUGCACCAGGACCUGUUCGAGCACAUGCCAGAGCUCACCGAGCUGGACCUCAGCGGGAACCCCAUCACCACCUUAGACCAUGUCACCGUCAUCGCCAUAUCCAGUCUGCCCAUGAUGAAGAUCCUUCGCAUGCGUUCCUGUGGCUUCGAUGACAUCCCGGACAAGUUCCUCCACACCCCCCGGUUCCUGGAACGCCUGGACAUCAGCGACAACAAGCUGACCGUCGUCCCGCAAGAGCUGGUUGAGGCGAAGAGCCUCAUUUUCUUGAAUUUGAACCAGAAUCCGAUUAAAGAGAUGGAUGCGACUUCGAAAGAUAACCCCGGUUUCCCCGUCCUGCGCAAGCUGCAAGAGCUGCAUAUGUGCAACAUGGAGCAGCUGACCAGGAUCGGGCCAGGCGCGCUGGCCGGCCUGCAGACUGUGCAGCGCCUGCACAUCAGCUUCAACCCUCAGCUGCGGUCUGUACACCCCAGGGCGCUGGCCAGGGCUGAUGAUAUCGGCGAGACCUACGACUGGCCGCUGGUUAAAGAGCUCUACCUGCAAUCGAACAACCUGUCCGAGAUAGACUCCCGUUUCCUCUCGCGCUGGGAUCUGCUGGAGAAGAUCGACGUGAGCAACAACCCGUACCUGUGCGACUGCUCCACGCAGUGGAUGGUGGACAUGCUGGUGCCGGUGGUGGAACACAAGCGCGUCAACGCUUCGGAGAAGAUGGUCUGCCAGGAGCCGGUAGAGAUGCGGGGCUACACCAUGAAGCACCUUCACGACAUCCACCGCACCAUGCGCUGCGUCGACAAAUACGGGAACAGACCUGAGAAGGAUGGCGCCAUACUGCUCGGAACACUUAUUGGCGUGCUGCUAGCAGUGCCGAUAAUGUUCUCCCUAAUGCUGCUCUGGCGCAAUGGAUAUUGCUCGUGGCUCGGCCUGCGCGGGCCCGUCGACGUGUCGCGCGCCUUCUACAAGCGGGCGCCCAACGACGACAAUUAUAUAUAGAUAUACGACUAGAACUUAUUUAG